GACGAUGACCAGACGGUGAUGAUGGUAAAGGUAAAGGUAAAUUGGAGGUCAUGCUUAGUGGACGGAAUUUUGGAGCAGAACAGGCUUGGAGGAGCUAGUGUGUGGUGGCGUGGGAAAUGAAGGGCAGGAGGCAGUCGGCACAACAAGCAGAACCAACAGGAGCAACCCUGGGAGUUAUAAGCUGGUGCACGCCCUGACGUCACCAGCGCAUGUCUAAUGCACAGCCCGCUCCCAGACGCCCUGAGUAAGAGCCACUAGUACUGUGCCUCUACCCCGCAGCGUCUUCUUAAUAAGGUCCUGAGACAUCCCGCCUCUUGCCUGACAGAGCUCCCGCUCCACCCACCAUGUUCCACGUCCUUUUCAAUUUUCACCCUUCCAUUGUCAGGUCAUCUUUUUGAUGGAGAGCCCGCCGCAUCAGCUCGUGGGCGCUACCAGCGGAAAUUCACAAUGGCCUGUGGAGCAGCUGAGUACUCGGGGGCUGCCCGCGGUCAGUCGUUUGAUCGUGCGAGGUACACUACCACUAUGGGAGUGCUCAAACAAUCAGACUUUGGAGACUUCCCUCUUUCAUCUUUGUUGCACCCACUCGAGUGCAAAUACAUUUACUAG